AUGACACGCCGCCAACAGCGAAAGACCACAGCGACGGCUAAGCUAGGUAAUCUGGACCUUCUCCUCUUCGCUCUACGAGCAGAUCUCGGCCCCGACUGGGGAUGCUACAAGGAACUUGUAGAGGGGGCCGCAGCUGCGAAAGCAAGCGGCGAGAAUGUUUCUGCUUGGAUCGAACAGAUCGAGCCGCUGGUACGAAGCACCGCUUCGCAAUUUGCGCAUCAGGGAGUGCUAUUCCUGUUAGACAUUAAGGUGGGUAGUGAAGCUUCUUCUGUCACCAAGGCCACCAACACGACCAACGACAUGUCCGCUCCACCGCCUGACACCCGACGACCAUCGCAACCAGUACGGCCCUCAGCCAACAUGCAGUCCGCUCUACCUCCUGACACCCGACGCCCGCCACUACCAGUGCAACCCUCAGUCAACGUGCAGUCCGCUCCACCUCCUGACAUCCGACGCCCAGCGCAACCAGCACAGCCCUCAGCCAACAUGCAGAGCAACUUCAAUCCCAGCUGGACACCCAUGCCCUCCCCCGGUCCCAGCGCCUACAUACCGCCGACACCCGCACCCGUCGCAUCCAGGAAGCGCUCAGCCGCCAAUGUCGCCUUCCAAGGCCAGAAGCAGACUACUGCGACACAGCCCCUCAAAUCGGACUGGUUCGGCGGUUACGUCCUUCACCAAGAUCCCGCCUUCCGGCGCGACGUAUUCGAGUUCUUUGGACACGCAGUACCGGACAAACCCGAUUCCAAGCACCACGAUCAAUCCGAUGUAUCAUCUGUCUACAAGGCUGCGGAUGACGAUCUGGCGGUCUGGAGGGCGGGCUCCGGGGCUGAGGGCGAGGUGAAGGAUGGCGCUCAGGAGAGCCAGAAAGAUAUGACCAAGGCUGUGGAGGAUGCGAAGCGAGAGCGUGUGCGAGAAGGCUUGCGCUUCAAGCUCUUCGACAAGUUGGAUUGA